ACUAUUGAACGAUUGAUGAAUUGUGUCAAUUUUCAAAUUUUAAUAAAUUAAUUCUCGCGAAAUGAGAAUUAACUGUGAAACUUGUGAGAGAAGAUUAAAUUGUUAAGAGAGAAGAAAAUUUGAAAAAUAAAAUCGCCGUUACCAUGGCAACAAUGGUAUGAAUUUAGUAACCGCCAAAAAAUGUUAACUUGUUGCUUUCUUUUUGUUUGGUGAAUGGUUUAAGUGUCAAUCUUUUUAAUUGAUUGUUUUGUGAUUAUUUUUUUAUUUUGUCUUUAUUUUAAUUGUCAACAAAUUAACUUAUUGAUUGUGGUUUUCUUGUCUUGGAUUGUGAAACAAUUUUCUUCUCUUGUUUUUGUCCAUCUUUUUUGGAAAAAGAUUUUCUAUUCUUGGAACCAACAAAAUGGCAACUUCUCAUCGUAAAUCUCGUAUUCCUGCUUUAUCAAGCUCUAAUUGUAAAUCAGUUACUAAACCAAAUUAUCAUUUGUCUGGUUUUGAUGUUUCAUCUCAUGGUUCAUCGGCUUACGAGACAAGUUAUCGUUAUGGUCAGUAUAGUACUCAAAGGAAAAGUAAUACCAGUUGUUUUAAGGCUAAUAAGUAUGCGGCCAAUUUUACUGGUCCUUAUAAAGGAGCAAAGGGAUUAUUUCACCAAUCGCCCAAAUCUGAUAGAACAAAAGUUUAUCCAUCUUCAGCUGCAGCUUCUGGUCGGAGGAGUAGUAUCAUUGGUGAUCGAUGUCGGCAAAAAGACACCAGACAAGUCGCAGAUCCUAAAUAUCAACAAACUUGUACAACCAAAUUAAUCCAAUUCUUGACCGAAAAUCAUUAUCCAAGUCAGAUUUCACCCAAGUUUCUUAAAUCUCCUUCUAAACAAGAUGUAAUCAAAGUUUUUGAGUUUCUUUUUUCUCAUCUUGAUCCCAGUAUUGAAGUUACACCGAUUGAUGCUCGAGUCCCUGAAUUGAUGGCUCAAUUUGGUUAUCCAUACUUCAUCACUAAAUCCUCACUCAUCUCAUUCUCUGGUCGUCAAGCUAUUGGUAAUCUUCUUGGAAUGUUUGAAUUCCUUGUUGAUAAUAUUCAGUAUUUGCAGACAGUUGAUUCAAGGGAACUUAUUUAUCCAUCUGUCACGUCCGAUGAUGCUGAGAUUAAGACUUCAUUAUUACAGAUUGUCUCAGAUGACGUUGACCUAGAUGAGGCUUUCGAAGAGUUGGCAGUUAAGAUAUAUGGAACUGACGAUGAAUUGGGAGCUUUGGAAUGUGAAUUGAAGAAAUUGGACGACGAGUUAAAAAAUUUAGAAAAAGAGAAUGAUUAUCGAAAAAUGUUACCCGUGAAGAAAAUGGAAUAUGUCAAGUCCACCGAUGAAUACGUCUCGUACAACAACUACAUGCAAGAUUAUAUUUUGCAAACCGAAAAAGAUGCCAUAAAGUUGAAAGCCGAAAUUGUUGAUCUCGAAAACGAAUUGGCUAUGAACUCAGAGAAAUUACAUGAAAUGAAUCAAAAAGUCAACGAUCAACCUUAUGAUAUCGCCGAGAUGCAAUUGGCUCGAGACAGGCAACGCCAAUUUGACAAAGAAAUCAACGACGAUACAAAAGCCAUUAAACAAAUCAAACUGUCAAUUCAUACAGAUUUGAAUGAAAUUUCAUUGACGAAAGAUCAACUCAUCAAGAAAUAUUAUGGCUACGCAUCCGAAGUUAAUUCACUUCUAAUGAGUGUGAAUACACAAGCAAACAAGAAUUAUGUACCUUGGGUCAUUGAAAAACUUCAUUCACCUGAACUGCAAGAUAUUCUUGAUCAGUUAUCUAACCCUGAAUCGCUUACCAAAAGUAGUGAAUUGAAAAAACGAUUCGUUGAUUUAAUCAAUGAACUAAACAGAUACCUUAUUGAGGUGAAUGUCGACUUACAAGCAAAAUCGGUUAAAGUGCAACAAAAAGGUAAACAAUUGGAAUUAAUUGAAACAGAGAAAAGAUUGGAGCUCAAGAAUCUUCAAGAAAAACUCGCUCAAGCCGAACAAGAGCUUCAGAGAUACAAACAAUAUUGCCAUGAAGAGUCCAAGUUCUUGAACGAAAAAUUUGCCCACUUAAGGAAAAGUUUAGCCGAGAAAGAGCAAAGUGUCAAAGAUUGUGCUAAAGCAAACGAAACUCGCAUCGCCCAAUUACGCGCUGAGCUAUCUCAACAAAUUGUUAAAAACAAGGAGUUGAAUGAACAAAAUGCGGCCAAAUUACAAAAACGAAGAGAAAAUGAGACCAAAAUAUUGAAUUCCAUUGAAAAAUCAUUAAUCCAAAUCAAUGACAUGGAAAAGAAACAUGUUGACACUAUGAAAACCGCAGUAGAAGCUGCGAAAGCUGUUCGAGGGAGAAUCCAGCGUAAAGUUGAAGAGGCGAAAAAGAAUAGCAAAAGUUCAUCCGAUAAAACUCAGGAUUUAUCUAAAGGAGAUAAAUCUGAAGUUUCUUCAGUAACACUCUCUCAUUCAAAAGAAAACAUUCACAUUAACUAAUCGUUUUAAUCGUUCAUAGAAAAACAUUUAUCAUCUCAUUAGUUUAACCUUUUUGUUUAAUGUACUUUAUUUAACCAAAUUCUCUUUCACUCCCUCUCGACAUUUAUUGUACUCUAUGGAUUUUUUUUAAUUAUUUCGCAAAUUCCAAUUUCAUAUAAUUCCAAAUCCAUAAAUUUUCAUGUAAAGUUUUCAUCGCAGGUACUUAAUGUGACUCUAAUUGUCACCGUAAACUCUAUGUAGCAACUCUUACUCAUCGGUUGCUUUUUCUUGUAGUUAAAUGACCAGUGAAUUAAAUAUCAACAAUUAACAGCGAAAAAGAAA